UUAGUUAAUUAUAGUAUCAUAAAAAUGGAUUUGGUUCGAUUUUGGUUCGGUUCAGGAUCUUGCAAAGCCCUAACCUCUCGAAGUCUUAAAAAAAAAUAGGCUCAUUCCUGAGCAGAGAGAGCCAGAGAGCCGAAAUAGCCGGCGAAGGUUACGGCGGCGACGAGACGGUGUCUCAGUCCGAUUCAUGGGAAACCAGAAAUUAAAAUGGACGGGGGACGAGGAGGAGGCGUUGCGCGCCGGAAUUGAAAAGCACGGCCCCGGCAAGUGGAAGAACAUUCUCCGUGAUCCCGAGUUCGCCCAUCAGCUCACCAAUCGCUCCAACAUCGACCUCAAGGAUAAGUGGCGUAACUUGUGUGUUGCUCCGGGUACUCAAUGCUCAAAUGAUAAGUCGAGAACGAGGAAAGUCAAAGAAGAAGGCGUUACUCUGGCUUCUCUUUCACCCACUGCUGCUACCGCUACUCCACCUUCUUAUCCUAACUCUUCUUCUUCCUCGCCGGCUACUUCCCUUCCACGCAGUGCUUCUUCUGACUUUAGCGUUGAUAAUAACUUUGCUGUGGAUAACAAGAACGCUCCCAGGUAUGACGCGAUGAUAUUUGAAGCUAUCUCUGAGUUAGCGGAUCCAAAUGGAUCUGAUGUCGGUUCCAUCUUCAGCUUCAUCGAGCCAAGGCAUGAAGUGCCGCCAACUUUUAGAAGAGUCCUUAGCUCAAGACUGAGGAGGCUCGCAGCUCAGGGAAAACUUUCAAAGUUACUGAACUUCUACAAGCUACCAGAUGGAUCAGAAACAACAACAAGAACAACACCUGCCCCAACCCCAAAACCAAAGGAGACAAACGUAAAACCCCGGCAAUCAUACAUCAAUCAACCCCCUUCGGUUUCACAAGAGAUGAUCGACGAAGCUGCAAUAACCGCGGCAUGUAAAGUUGUAGAGGCAGAGAAUAAAAUAAACGUGGCCAAAGCAGCAGUGGAAGAGUUGGAGAAGACGACUAAGCUUGCAGAUGAAACCGAACUUAUGCUGGAGUUAGCUAAAGAGAUGCAUAAAGAAUGUUGUCGUGGCGAGGCUGUGGUCUUGGCUUGAGUCUAUGGGGACUAUAUCGUCGAGCUCAACAGUGUGUCUACAUUCAUCCUUUAGGUUGAUUACACUCUCGUCAGACCAGAGUUGAAGACUUUCAUUAGGUGGUAGACGAGCUACGGACGUCUAAGUCUUUGGUUUAGUUGUUGAUAAGAAAAAGAAGAAGAGUCAAUUUUACGAGGCGUGACUCUGUAUUGUGAGUAUAAUUUCAGAGGCGUCUCUUACAACAACAGAACAUAUUAUUAGUGGGAGAUGGCUUUUGUUUAUGAAUUUUUCUUUUCCGAAUAGAGUUUACUAUUUUUGGGA